AUCAAUAUAUAUGUAUAUCUAUAUAGAUAUAUUUUGAAUUUUUUUUAUGGCAUCUACUACUUUUGGUAUACAGUGUCAAUAUCGGAAAGUUUACCAAAAUCUUAUGAGAAAGGAACAAGUCUACAACACAACCCAAAGACAAGAGAAGAAGUGGACAGACCCAAACAGAUUCUUUAGAUUCUGAAAAAGGAAAAAAAUAUAUAAACAAAGACACACAAGAAAAUAAGAUGGAAACAUUUAAACCAGCUCCAGCCAAACCAGCUCCAGCCAAGCCAGCGCCAGUAGCAAAGCCGGCACCCCCAGCCAAGCCAGCAGGAGCAAAGCCAGCACUACCAUCAAAGCCAGCUGUUGGUCCCAAUACUGCACCUGCUCCCAAACCUGCACUUGGUCCCAAACCUGCUCCUGCACCAAGGCCGACACUUGCAGGAAAGGUUAAACCAAAGCGAACAAAAGCACCAGAAGCACCUGUUCCAAAACAAAGAACAGAACCUGCAGAGACACAUGUACAGGAAGUGCCACCAACAGUGGUUGAACAAACCCCUGUGCAACCGCAGCCACAACCACAGCCUGUAGUUAGGCAAGCCCCUGUUGUUGUGCAAGCACAUGUCGUAGAACCAGAAGCUGCAGAGCCCACACCUGUGGUGGAGCAGCCACCUCCACCACAGCCGACACCUGUAGCUGUGGUGGCAACACCACCUAAGAUGCAAACUUUUAAACCUGUGGUAGAUGAUCUACCACCACCACCACCACCAGAACCUACACCUGUACCUGUUGUAGAAACAACACCUGUGGUUGCAACGACGCCUGUCGUUUAUCAGUCACCUGAACCUACACCUCCACCUGUGGUAGAGCAGCCCCCUCCACCAGAACCUGUAACUGUGGUAGAAGAAUUGCCUCCACCGGAACCCACACCUGUACCUGUGGUAGCAACUGCAUGUGCCGUAGAGCAGACCCCUAGAGAGGAGGAAGAGUACCCUACAGCAGCAACAGAGAAUGUCGUAGUAGAGGCAAGUGCAGCAUCAUAUGAAACGACUGCAGCUGAAAGUGCACCUGAAGAACAUGAAGUUGUACCUGAAGUGCAAGCGUCUGAAGCAGCUGCAGCAACUGUCUCUGUUGCAGCAGCAGCAGCAGAGUAUGAACCAGCUGAACCAGAAUAUAAGCCACCCGUUGUCAUGGUUGCAACGCAAGAACCAGCCCCGUCACAGACUGGUGAGGUAGUUUAUACGGAACCAGAAACUCCACCCACUACAAACUCGGUCACAUUUUCAGACAAGGUCGAGGAACAGGCUCCCAGCCAAACCACUGCGAUGGUCAAUGGCCAUGGUGAAGACAUACCCAAAACUGAAGUCGUUAUUACCCCGGGGCCUGAGACAUCAGAUAAUCAGGAAACGCUAAGUGGCGAAACAAGUGGCACCUCAGCCCUUUUAAUCACCUCGAAUAAUUCGGAACCCUCGAAUGAACCCAGCAGCAGCAAAAAGAAAACUGUAACGAAACCUGGCAAGAUGGCAAGAGUAAACAUACAGCUCCUGGAUGGCAACAUUUCUGAAUUUGAAAUCUCGAAAAACGGUUCAGGCCAGGAGUUGUUUAAUAAAGUAUGUGAUCAACUGAAUCUUCUUGAAAAGGAUUACUUUGGCCUUACCUACAUUGAUAAGGAAAAUAAUGAUAUUAAACAAUGGCUUUCAUUGGAAAAAAGAAUUUCGAAGCAGAUUAAAGAUAAAAAUGUUCCUUGGGAAUUUGCAUUCCAAGUGAAAUUUUAUCCUCCUGAUCCAUCCUUACUUCGAGAAGAUCUUACAAGAUACAUGCUGUGCCUUCAAAUCCGAGUUGACAUAUUAAAUGAGAGACUGCCUUGUUCAUUUGCUACACACGUGUUGCUAGGCUCUUACACAGUUCAGUCUGAACUGGGAGACUAUGAUUAUGCAGAACAUGGAGACACUAUAAACUACAUCAAAGAUUUGAAGUUUGCCCCAAACCAGGAUAAUGAAAUGCUUUGUAACAUUGCACAUCUGCAUCAGCAGCAUAAGGGACAAACACCAGAGGAAGCAGAACUUCACUACCUUGAAAACGCAAAGAAACUUGCAAUGUAUGGAGUAGACCUCCAUGAAGCCAAAGAUUCCAACAAUGUGGAUAUUCUCCUUGGAGUUUGUGCCAGUGGUCUUAUGGUUUAUAAGGACAAACUUCGGAUUAACCGUUUUUCUUGGCCAAAGAUUUUGAAAAUCUCUUAUAAGCGGAAAAAUUUCGGCAUCAAACUUCGACCCACUGAAUUUGAGAAAUUAGAUACUCUAGUUUCAUUCAAAUUGGAACAUCACCAUCUUGCAAAACGGCUCUGGAAAACGUGUGUUGAACAUCACACAUUCUUCAGGCUGAAAGAACCAGAAUCAUCUAAACCUGCAAAUGUAUUCCCACGGUUUGGUUCUAAGUUCCGCUACUCUGGUCGCACACAAUAUCAAACACGCCAGGAUACAAUUGAUAGACAGAAUCCUCAUUUCAAUCGUGGUGGGAAAUACGCCCAGUCUUACAAUUAUGAUCGGUCACGAAGUAUGGAUGACGUCAACCGUGACCGCAUUGCAAGCACUGAGUCUUUCGGAUCUGCUGGUGACUAUCCAAUUAUUGCAACACUUCCUCGCCAUGAUGUACGAGAUCGACGUGAUAAAAAACAUGGUGACCAAGCCACCUAUCCAGGAUGGGGCAUGCAAAACCAAUACGGCGGCAAUGAAGAUGGUAAAGUGGUCUCUCUCCCCAACGUUAACGAGGCUGACAGAUAUGAUAGACCAAGCUCUCCAGACAGUAUUAAGACUGCCGACUACUCGGGUGGAGAAUAUGAUGCAAGGUCCACAGAAGGUGGUAUGCCCAUCUCCUACCUCAAAAGGCCUCCUUCCAACAAGGACGAGAAAAAGCGAGAGAAGGAACAAAAGAAGAGGGAGGAGGAGGAACGGAAGAGGCGAGAAAAGGAGGAGAAGGAGAGAAAGAAAAAGGGCAUAAAUGAUAAACUAUCAAAUUCCGAAGACCGUCUUGACAAAAUGACUGAUGAUGAUUCAGUAAUCAGGGCUGAUGCAGUUAAACCAGUUGCAGCAGACCUUGAAACUAGUAACAACCUUAAGAAUGGACAGAAACCUCAGGAAGAACCUGAAGUUGCUGCUGAGAAAGAGAAGGGAAAAGAGAAAGGAAGACUUGGCUUAUUUGGCAAAUUUAGAAAACAUCCAAAAGAUAAAGAUAAGGGCAAAACACCUCCUGCAUCUCCAACUGAAAAAGAAAUGACUCAGGAAGUUGAAGUGAAAACAGUGGAGGUAGAAGUUACGGAAACUGAGAAGAAAGAACCGGAAAAGGAAGUUGAAGUGAAAAAAGUGGAGGUAGAAAUUACGGAAACCAAGAAGAAAGAACCCGAAAAGGAAGUUGAAGUGAAAAAAGUGGAGGUAGAAGUUACGGAAACCAAGAAGAAAGAACCCGAAAAGGAAGUGGAAUCUGUGGAGGUAGAUGUCUCAGACACUGAGAGUAUCAAGAAAGAGUCCAAAAAGAAGAGCGUCCAUAGGUCAUCAUCUGGACUUAUGUGUCCUAUGCGAAAUCCUUUUAAAAAGAGAUCCGAAAAGCAUUCAUCCAGUUCCUCCUCCUCCUCUUCCUCCGAUUCCUCAGAUGAUGAAGGUGAGGGCAAGGAUAAGGUGACAACAUUUGAUGCUCAGGCAGAGCAAAUGAAGACAAAGUUACCCCCUAUUCUAGACGAAGAACAAGAAUUGGUAGAGAAGCCUAGUGUCAAUGGAGAACUCUAUCCCAGUGCUGUGCCCUUGACCGAUGCAUGCAAGUGUCCAGAAGGAAAAGGUUACGGCCUUCCAGAAGCUCCUCUCGAUAAAGGUUAUGGUCCGAAUGGUGUGGCAUACAGUCCUGACGGCAGAUUGUUUGGUCCAAAUGGACAACUGUACGAACCAGACAGAAGAUUUUAUGCUCCUGAUGGCAAAGGUUAUGGCCCUGGUCGCAAAAUAUUUGCUCCUGAUGGUAGAAUAUAUGGUCCUGAUAACAAACCACAUGGCCCUGACGGCAAGGGAUAUGGUCCCAGAGGACAGGUGUACGGUCCAGACGGCAGGGUUUAUGGUCCCGACGGAGAAUUAUACAGUCCUGACAGUAGAUACUAUGGUCCUGAUGGUAGAUUCUAUGGUCCAGACGGGAAAGUAUUCGGUCCUGGUGGUAGGGAGUUCACUCCUGAUGGCAAAGUGGUGGGACCCAAUGGUGGAUUAUACAGUCCAGACACUAGAUUUUAUGACUCUGGUGGCAAAGGGCAUGGCCCUGAAGGCACUGUAUGGUGUCCAGACAGCAGAAACUAUGGUCCUGACGGCAAGGUGUGUAGUCCAAAUAGCCAGGUGUAUGGCCCUGACGGUAAAUUGCAUGGCCGUGAUGGUAAAGGGUAUGGUCCCCACAACAGUGUUUAUAGCCCGGAUGGUAGAGUGUAUGGUCCCAAUGGUAAACCAUACAGUCCUGAUGCUCAAGUUUUUAGUCCUGACGGCAGACUAUUUGGUCCCGACGGCAAGAUAUAUGGUCCUGAUGAUAAACUGUACAAUCCAGAUGGUGGUGUAUGUGGGACUCCAGGAACAGAAGGUUUUGCACUUCCCGAAGGAAAUGGGUAUGGCCUUCCAGAACCUCCCCAAGGCAAAGGCUAUGGUCCGAAUGGUGAAGCGUACAGUCCUGACGGCAGAUUGUAUGGUCCAAAUGGACAACUGUACGAACCAGACAAACGAUUUUAUGCUCCUGAUGGCAAAGGUUAUGGCCCUGGUGGCAAAAUAUAUGCUCCUGAUGGUAGAAUGUAUGGUCCUGAUGGCAAAUCAUAUGGCCCUGAUGGCAAAGGAUAUGGCCCCAAAGGACAUGUCUAUGGUCCAGACGGCAGGGUUUAUGGUCCUGACGGAGAAUUAUACACUCCUGACAGUAGAUACUAUGGUCCUGAUGGUAGAUUUUAUGGUCCAGAUGGCAAAGUAUUUGGUCCUGGAGGCAGACUGUUCACACCUGAUGGCAAGCUGGUGGGACCCAAUGAUAGGCUAUACAGUCCAGACAAAAGAUUUUAUCACCCUGACGGCAAAGGGUAUGGUCCCGAUGGUGUCGUGUGUUGUCCAAGUGGUAGAAAUUAUGGUCCUGACGGCAAGGUAUAUGGCCCAGAUGGCUUGACGUAUGGCCCUGACGGUAAACUGCAUGGCCGUGAUGGCAAAGGUUAUGGCCCCAACAACAGUGUUUAUACCCCAGAUGGUAGGGUGUAUGGUCCUAAUGGUAAGCCAUACAGUCAAGAUAGUCAAGUUUUCAGCCCUGAUGGCAGACUAUUUGGUCCCAAUGGCCAGAUAUGUGGCCCUGAUAAUCGACUGUACUCUCCUGAUGGCAGAGUGUGUGGGCUUCCAGAAGGAAAAGGAUACAAAGCUCCAGAAGGGAAAGGUUUUGGACUUCCAGAGCCUCAUGGCAAAGGCUAUGGUCCAAAUGGUGAAGCGUACAGUCCUGACGGCAGAUUGUAUGGUCCAAAUGGACAACUGUACGAACCAGACAAACGAUUUUAUGCUCCUGAUGGCAAAGGUCAUGGCCCUGAUGGCAAAAUAUUUGCUCCUGAUGGUAGAAUAUAUGGUCCUGAUGGCAAACCACAUGGCCCUGACGGCAAGGGAUAUGGUCCCAAAGGACAUGUCUAUGGUCCAGAUGGCAGGGUUUAUGGUCCUGACAAAGAAUUAUACAGUCCUGACAGUAGAUACUAUGGUCCUGAUGGUAGAUUCUAUGGUCCAGAUGGCAAAGUAUUUGGUCCUGGUGGUAGGGAGUUCACUCCUGAUGGCAAAAUGGUGGGACCCAAUGGUAAACUGUACAGUCCAGACAAAAGAUUUUAUUCCUCUCCUAGCAAAGGUUAUGGCCCUGAUGGUGUUGUGUGUUGUCCAAGUGGAAGAAAUUAUGGUCCCGACGGCAAAGUGUAUGGUCCAGGAGGUCAGGUGUAUGGCCCUGGCGGUAAAUUGCAUGGUCCUGAUGGCAAAGGGUAUGGUCCCCACAACAGUGUUUAUACUCCAGAUGGUAGGGUGUAUGGUCCUAAUGGUAAGCCAUACAACGCUGAUGCUCUAGUUUAUGGUCCUGACGGCAGACUAUUCGGUCCUGAUGGCAAGAUAUUUGGUCCUGAUAAUCGACUGUACAGUCCUGAUGGCAAAAUGUAUGGUCCCAAUGGCACCUUGUAUAGUCCUGACGAAAGAUUUUAUUCCCCUGAUGGCAAAGGUCAUGGCCCUGGUGGCUCUAUAUAUGGUCCAGAGGGCAAAGUGUAUGGCCCCGACGGUGGAUUGUAUGGUCCAGAUGGUAAAGGUUAUGGCCCAGACGGACAUGUAUACAGUCCAGAUGGCAGGGUGUAUGGUCCCGAUGGUGAACUAUAUAGUCCUGACAGUGCAUACUUUGGUCCUGACGGUAGAUUCUAUGGUCCAAACGGUAAAAUACACAGGCCCGACAGCAGACUGUAUGCAACUGACAACAGAAUUGCUUCUGAAGGCAGGACCUUUGGUCCUGGCGCCAGUGUACAAAUUCCUGGUGGCUAUGCUCCAGGUGUUAGUGGAUAUGGUCCUGAAGGCAGCAGGAUUUGUGUUGUACCCGGUGUUGGUGAAGCAGGCACUACGAGACAAGAGAAUUGGAUUGACAACAAAAUGUCCUUCUUACCAGUUUCACAACCAGAUAAGACAACUAGAGCUGGUUUCGGCAGCAAGUUUGGCCUAGUGAAUGGCAUCCGGGAUCCACAAACUGGACUUCGCAAAAAGCCUCCACCUGUUCCGCCUAAGUACACCAGAAGCAAUCCUGAGGACCAGCUUGAUACCCAUCCAUAUCAGGGUGGUCGUCUGAGCCCACCCCCCACAAUUGCAACGGAAAGUAUCAAAUAUACCCCAGAUUUAAGUGAAAUGCCAAUAUCUACCAAGAAUGUGCCCAUAGUAAAGACAGAGACGAGGAAAGUGUCUUACCAAAGAGAGGGUGUAGAAGGCCAGCCUAUGUCUGAAGACGGGGUCUUGGUCAGUUCGCAAGCUCAUAGUUCAAAAACACAGACGAUUGAAACAACUACUUAUCGAACUGAGAAGGAUGGAAUGAUCGAGACACGAGUAGAAAAGAAAGUGACCAUCACCAGUGAUAAUGAUGAUAUUGAUUAUGAUGCUGCACUUGCAGAGGCAAUCCGUUCUGUAACACAGAUGAACGCUGACUUGUCUGUGGAAAAAAUAGAAUACAUGAGGGAAAUUGAAGAAGUAAAUGAUGACUAACAUCUUUCAGUAUUGUUUGAGACCCUUCAUGUAACAGUGAGAAUGUGUGCGAUAUACCAGUGUUCACAACAUCUUAUCGUUUCCUCGAUGCCUAUGCCUGCUAUAAACCAUAGCCAAGUGGCUGAAGAACGAUCAUCUGUUUUUUUAUUACUACUGCAACAAACGUUCAAAGAAAACAAAAAUAACAGACUUCCUAGUCGGUCCUCAUUAUUAUUAUUUCUCUUUUGUCUUAAUUGACUAGGGCAGUUCUCCUCCUCCUCCUCUCUAACUGCUGGUAUAGCUGACUCCCAGUAACCUUCAACUCUGCCCCCUUGCUCCUCUCCUUGUUUGUACUCUUCCAUCGAUGUGCCACCAUACGCUUUCUCCUCCAUCUCCCUCUCCCAUCUUUAAUUUUAUUUUAUUUCAAUUUUUUUUUUUUUUACCAAUAGUUUCUGGUUAAUUUUCGACUAAAAAAAGGAAAAAUACAAGAACAAAAUGGAA